UGUGAACGUUGGAUUAGCUCCGGACAACGUUGAUGCCGUGACCGCGAGCAGCAGGGCCGCGAGCCAGGACGAGCCCAUCCCGCGCCCUACUCAUCGGUCCUGAAAAGAAUGCGAAAAAUCUUUCUUCACGAAAGGUGCGUUGAACCGACCGCGCGUCCAAGCGAAUCCUUCAUCCGAGUGGACCAUUUCUCUUCCCUUCGUCAGUUGGGAAAUCGUGGGGACAGCUCUUUGGGCAGAGAGACAGAAGGCUUCGGUACGCACCUACGUUGUAAUUCAUGGUGAAAUAAUACCACCGGCGGUACCGAGCGGUGGAGGAAAAUUGGUAAUAGAGGGGCGAUUCCUGAGAGCUGAGGAGCAUGGCGACAGACAUCAAACUCUCCAGGUUCAACAACACCCCAUGGGGAUUCCGGCUCUCCGGAGGAGUCGAUUUCCCCCAUCCCUUAACGGUUGUCAGAGUGGCCCGAGGGAGUCUAGCCGACGACGCUGGUCUGCAACCGGGCGAUGUCCUCAUCCGGAUAAACGACAGUCCUAUUCAGGAUCUAACGCACGCACAAGCUCACCAAUGGCUACUGCGAGCAGGAAAUAAUUUCGUACUCUCGGUGGUUAGAAAUCACCGAAUCGCUACGGAAGCUCAUUGACCUCCGAAUAUCAUUGGAAGUAUUUUUAUUCCCUGAUGCCAGUCGUGCGUUUUUGUUAAUUUCAGUGGAAAUUUCUUGAGUAUUGUUAUUACUACUCAGAGGCGAGCUGUUUGUUUAUUCAUAUGUGAAAAUGAGGUUUAUGAGUUGCGUGAGAAAACCAAGCGUUGAUAAAUCUAUGAAACCCUGCGGAGAAUUUUUCCGAGAGCACUCGAAUUUUAGUUGUUUUAUAAGUCGAUAGACCGUAAAAGUAUAAUUAGAAAUUUUAAAUUGCGAAUAUUAUUCUACUGAUUUUGUUAUCAUUGUUAGUUUUAAUUAAACAAUUGAAAUUGUAGGAACCAUUAUUUCCUACGGGUGCUCGGAUAUCGGACUCGAUAGAAGACGUAAUUACUUUCGUUUGAAUGUGACCAUAGGGAUAACGAGAGAGAGCUUGAUUAAAUUUUCUUUCAAAUAAAGUGCCUGUUAACGUCUUGAAA